ACUGUCCUUGCAUCAACCCGUUGCCGUCCUGUGGAGUCGUGGACCCCCGAUAAACCAUGUCCUUCCCUUCCAUUUCUUUUGUCCUCUCUAAGCAGGACAGGGGGACAUGUUAAUUCGAGUGACGUCCUCACUGCUGUUGACUUUUCUCUAGGCGCGAGCAAUUUUUCUUUUGCACAUACAACUCUCAUCGGCUUCAUAUCUACCGUUACCCAUUUCUUCGUCACUGUUCUUGCUCUUCUGCUGUCAUCAACCCUCUCCUGUUUGCUCGUGCCUGGCGAUCAUUGCAUAUCCAUCCUCUUGUUUGAGACCCGUCCCCGAGUUAUAGGUCACAGGGUUUAUUCGAUUAGCUGUUCUUUCUGCGUAACCUUCUCCUCCACAGUAGUUUAAGAUAUCCCGGUCCAGUCCGGUCAGUCCCCUUUUAUUAUGAACCACUCGCGCUGUCCGUUCGUCUCCUUGUCGAAAUUGACUAGCCCGCCCUUCUUGCAACUGUCAAAUUGCUCGUCCAAUUACCUGUCUUUCAUCAAAGUUUUGAGAGGCAACCGAAGCACUGACAGCGGAAGCCCUAACCUUUACAAGGGUUGUCAAAAAGCUCCGGAUCAACACUUCCCCCAGCACUCAAUGCUGAGGCCUGCUACUGCUCUUUGGUUCUGACAUAGCACGCUCGUCAGGUCAAGGGUUGUUGCUGAUCAUCUCUGAAAGCUUGAGUUGAACUCAGUAUCAACUUCGACUGAUCGUUAUUGGGCAGUUUUUCUCGUACCUCCAUCAGCCUUGCCGUACACCGAACCUCAUCUGCGCCUCCUCCACAAUCAUUUACAGUUCUGGAAAACACUGCCCUCGCUUUCCCGGCUCUGCGUUAUUCCAUUCUUUCUUUAGAACAUCUUAUCUAUACUGAUUUGAGUUGCCACCGAGUGCUCCUACGGUUUCGAGCCUACAAAGCUCCAUUGUGAGAAACUGGAGAAGUUGCAAAAAAGGUUGGUGUUCAACCUUCUCUCGACUUUCGUUUAGAACUCCGUAUCUCAAAGUUCUCCGGAUCGCUUCCUUUGUACACACACAUUCGUUUUUCUUCGCGCAUAUCAUUUCUAUCUGGGCAAAUGCUAACAUGCCCUUUAUUCUUGUGCAGCUUUGGGCGCCGUCAAUACAUCCAAACGAGAGAUUCAUGGGAGACUCAACACCUAUCCCGAUUCCAAUUGGCAACAAUUUCAAUCCAUCAACAGGCAUGAGACCAGGUGCGCUGAACCAAUCAUCAGAUCCUGCGUUGGAUACGGACGCAAGAGUGGCGCAACAAGACAAAUCACAACAAACCCCACCGCCAAACACAAAUUAUUCACAAUACUCGACAUUUUCCCCUCAGCAAAAUGUCUCACAACAUAGGCCUGACGCCUUUAAUAUGGCCAACAUGGGAGGAGCAUUGCCGGACAUGCAGUAUCAAAAUUACAACAUGAUUCAACAAAGACAGAUGCCUGGCCAUCCCCCCUCCUACAUGAUACAAAGCAUAGCCCAGUUUCCUGCAUCACAAGUUUCAAACCCUUCAAUGAUUGCAUACUCCAUUCCGUAUCAAGGCCAAUUCAACACUCUGUACCCGACAGGCCAUGGCUCUUCUUCUCACCAAAUGCAACCGCCAACAAAUGGUAAUCAAUUCUACCAAGGCCAAGGCUACGCGGGACAAUCGCAACAGCCAAGCUCUCCGUACUACUUACAACAGAACCAAUAUGGACCACAGCCUCAUGCUUUUACGGUUCCCUCUUCCCAAUACGCAUCAAAGGGGCUGUAUUCUAGUGAAGUGAGGCAACAACCACAGCAAGGAGCGGAUCAUCUCAGUAGAGGCACCAGUGGUGCAGGAAGGCCAAAUAGCACAGGUAACUUGAAUCUCCGAGAAAGUUGGAAUAAUAGCUCAUUCUCAAAACAGUUUCUAGUGCUGGGAAAUCUUCAGUAGUAAGGGGUCCCCCGAGAAAACCACGCCAAACUGGUCAGUACAAAACUGACGGACGCGAUUUGAAGAGAACCCUGGCUAACUUGUAUUACCUGAGGCCACGCUAUUUGGAUAGGAAAUCUCCCGCCACAAACAGAACUAAUGAGUCUUGUACUUCAUGUGUGCAAGGAAACUCCCGGGUUGGAAUCCCUGUUUCUGAUAUCGAAAAGUAAUUGUGCUUUUGCGAAUUUCAAGGAUGAGGCAACAUGUACGACAGCUCAAGCAAAAAUACAUGAUUCCAGAUUCCAAAUCGUCAGACUGGUUAGCCGUUUGCGCAGGAACCCUGCGGCAGCUGGAGCUGGUAUCGAUGCUCCAACUGGACCGGCUGCUUUAACCCAACCAUCAAGUAAUGUGGUGGCUCGCACGCCAACUCCCGAAAAUGAAGAAUCAGUAAAGGAAGGGGUCAAGCAGAUUGCUCAAGGAGAAAACAAACUCGAAGAGGGAGCAGCUAAAGACAAGUUCUUUGUUGUCAAGAGUCUCACGGUUGAGGACCUUGAACUUAGUGUACGAAAUGGGAUAUGGGCGACUCAGUCGCAUAACGAGCAAGCUUUGAAUAAAGCUUACGAAGUAAGUGCAAACUUCAUCUCACUGAAAUUCAUUGGCUGACGGCCCUUAGACUGCAGACAAUGUGUAUCUCGUUUUUUCCGCCAACAAAUCCGGUGAAUAUUUUGGGUAUGCACGAAUGAUAUCCCCGAUAAAUGAUGACCCGGCAGCUGCCAUCGAAUUUGCCCCAAAACCACAAUCAGUCGAAGAUCCUGAUCUUCCAAAGGCAAUAUCUACUGCCGCUACUGAAAUCGCACCGAAAGGACGAAUCAUAGAUGACUCUGCUCGCGGAACGAUAUUCUGGGAAGUAGAGCGAGAUGAGGCUGAUGCAGAAGAGGAUGAGGAGGAGCAAAGCGACAAAGAGGAUCAAGAUGGUGAUGCGCCAAACUCGAAAGCCUGGGGAAAGCCAUUCAAAAUCGAGUGGGUAUCAACAAUGCGACUUCCCUUCUACAGAACCCGGGGACUGCGAAACCCUUGGAAUUCUAAUCGCGAAAUCAAAAUUGCUCGAGAUGGGACAGAGCUUGAGACUUCGAUCGGACGACGCCUGCUGGGUCUAUUUCAUCGAGUACCGAUUACUACCGCCCCACAAAUGCUGAACAACCCUCUGCCUUCUGUGGGUGGAUAUCCUCAAAUGCACUCUUACCAGUAAUCGUAUUAGAAUAAUCGACCACAUUGCCAGAUUCUCUACCUUGCAGGUCAUCAAGGUGAGAAUGGCAAACUUUCAACUUCUCUCCACCCAGCUGGAUGAAGGAAACAUGGUUAGUUAGCCGCCGCUUCAAAUAAUGAUUUAUGAGCUUUAAAAUUCGAGCACAAGGAAGAUUAUGGGGCCAUGAUGGGUUUGUAAGGAAGACAUGUUCAGACUUUUCUUGCGGCGCGAAGAUGAGUUUUUUGUUGUCUGUGUAGUUUGUUCAAUAGUUCAAGCUGUUUUUUGCCACGUACUGUACAGCCCCAAGCGAGCGA